UCUUUGGAUUUGAUUUGUUUGGGCUUACGAUGUCCGCUGCUGGGAAACCUGUGAAAAACAAUAAUGGUAGAAGGAAAAAAUGUUGUGUCUUCAUCUUGUCCUGCCUUUAUCCAGUUACCGAGAAAGAAAGAAGCAAAAGAGCACUAAGCAGCAGGGUUUGCUGCUCAAAUGGCAGCUGUUCUAUCAGCCAAACUAAGAAGGUGAUAAGGUUGAUAAAGGAGUCUACUACCAGUGGAGCCAACUGUACCUUUCCACAAGAUUAAUAUACUUCCCCAUGUUUAGCAGUGUUUGGGGGAAAAAAGUAUACGUAGGGUUGGUGGGUUUACUGUUUCUGUAAAUAAUCAGAACCCUGGGUGAGAGAGCGCAGAAGGAAACACACCUGCAGAAGCACCAGUCCAUUCAUAGUGUACUUCUCUAAUUAGCCUGCUUUUGACACCAUUACCCAGCACAGAGUUUCAGACAAAAUAGUAAGUGAGAUGCCUGGGACAGUAUUUGAGGGCUGCUCCUUUGCCUAAUACUUGGUUGUCUGUUGCACUUCUGGAGCUAUUACUAUGGAUCUGAUUCAGAGGAUGCUGUGGUCAGGGAAAACUCUCACUGCUUUGUUUAUAUAGUUCUAAUGUCUUCAGUGCCUUGUCUGUAAGGCUUCCAUCUCUGCCUGAGUUCCAAGUUGUAGCUCAAGAUACUACUUUGUGGGUUAAACCAGAUGAUUUUGCCAUUGGUUUUCAGUGGUAGCACAAUUUCAUGCAGCUAAUACCUGUACAGUAAACUGAAGGGACCAAAUGUACUAUUUCAUCCUUAGGAUAGCUAUCAACUGUGUGAACUAGCUAGUCUUUUCAGAUCAUUUUAAGAAAUAUCUUACAAAAAGAUUAAGAAGGCAUAAUUUACUAAGAAAAUAUUAUUUCUGUAUCUGCCACUCUGUAAUUGUAGCAGAAAUAUCUUUGAGCCUUAAACUGUGCUGAAAUUUGUGAACUAUACACCCAAAGCUAUAGCCUCUCUAGAGGGGACCAAGUAUUCUGGUGGUUGUUUUGUCAGCACAGACAAGGACAGAGCUGACUUGAGGACAUGUGGGUCCAGAUUAGUAAAACUAAACUGAUAGUUGAAGAAAUUGCCUUCAGUAAUGACUUCCGCUUGAGGAGUGGUGAGUGCUGCUUCGUUCCUUCAUGCCCUUAGACUAAAGGAUGAAAAAUCUGUUAUCAGGACACUACUGCUGGAAGGGAGUGUUUGUGAUGGUGGUUGAUGUGGUAGCCUCCAUUUUCUUGAGGGUGAAGGAUCUUGGCUGGCACAUUCCUUCAAUUUAGGUUGUUUUCAUGCCUGGUGUGAGCGGGGCUGGGUUUCAAGUGAACUCCUUCCUAUCAGUCUCAAAGGCUUUGGAUUGUAGUGCACCUUGAGCUGUGUUCUGUUAGCACUCCUGGGCAGUGCUUAAUGAAAUCAGAGGGAGCUGUGUAUUCAGGCUGCUUGCAAGAUAAGAUCGAAGGUAAAUACAGAUGCAGAAAUCAGGUACUGAAAGAUAAAAAAAAAAGGCAGAGAGAUAAGUCUGCUGUUUGACUUUGUGGUCUUUUUCUCCUCGCAACAGGCUCUUUUCUGAAGAUGUCUUUCAAGUAACAUCCUAGGAGGGUUAAAAAGCAUCUUUCAGAAGUAAAGGAAAAAAACUAACUGGGCCCAUUUGAUCUGAACAGGCCCGGUUGUAAGCUCAGAACACAGCCUGAGGCUGCCAGAGCACAAGUAGGAUGACAAAACCAUUUGCUUAGAGAGCUGGUGUUCUCCUGUCUGCCACUGAAACAAAUAGGAGUCAAUUCAAAUCCCUUCUGGAAACCUACCAGGAAUUAGGCAUCAUUUUGGAAAGGGCUUCUGAUGUCUAUGUUCUGGAAGAAAACUGCAGUAAGAGGAGGAUCAUACAGCAGUCAGUCCUGCCAGGGCAGAUUUACAAUGAGGAAAGGAGUGGGAUUUAGCAGAACUGAACACAAAAUUGAAACUGGUGGAAUACAGUGUUUUCUUUCUUUUAGGCAUACAGCAGAUCAGGUCACAGUUCUGCACGUUUCUUCAUCAGUGCUAACUGCUUCUGGCUCUUUCAUUUUGUGCUUUACUGUUUGAGAGCUAUGAAAAAUCUGCCUUCUGCAGAAGUCACAGGCCACAGGAAAUGUUGGAUGCACGAUAAAUGUAAUUCUUGAGCAUUCUGCUUUGUUACCACUCACACCCUGGAGAUCCGUUGUGUGGUUGACAGCCAUUGACACAUGCCUCACGUGUGAGCACCUUCUGUUUACAUUUCUCUGGUUUGCCUCACAAAUACAAUGAUUUUAGAGUCAUGUCAGUUGCUGUUACUUAUUGGCAUUGAACGCUUUUAAACUGUCAUUACAUCUACACUUGCAAUACAUAAUGCUAGAGUGAAAGUAACUGUAUUAUCCCUGGGAGGUCGGUGUGUACUGUUGGCUAUUAAAUAAGGAGAAGGUUGUUGCACAGAAAGGUUUAAAAGCAAAGCUGGAUCCAUUGAAUUGAGGGAAAGAUUCCCUUAGAUUUAAUGUGGCGGGUACAUUCUUAAGGAAUUGAUUACACUCAAAACAAGUUUAUCAGAAGAUUCUGCAUCUGUGAGUAAAAUCCAGUUUUCUUGACUUCCAAAGCUGGGCUUUAAAUAACUGCAGUAUCAUCCGUUCUGUCUCUUCUGCAUGUACCUGUAUGUAGCGUAGGAAAGACUAGGAGAAACUGGAAGCGCUGGAAUUUUCUUUGCAAGUUUGUUUUACAACAUGUAUCUUUUUCAAAGUUGCACACUUCAGCUGAAGUGCAAAGGAAAUGGAAGUUUUUGGCAUUUAACGUUUGCUUGCCUAGUGUUUAUUUUGUGUUCAUUCCAUGCCCCUAGUGAAAAGAGAACUCACAAGGAAAUAAAAGUUUGAUGAGUUUUAUUGGUGUGUAAAUUCAGUGUGAAUCGCCAUCUAGUGUAUAUUUAAGACAUAGCAUAAUUACAGAGACCAUUUUAAAUCAAGGUGAUAAAUAGUGUCCUCAAAGCACUAAGUAGCAGCAUUUUAUUUUUGUAAAGAGGCAAAGUAAAAUACAAAAUUUACAGGAAUCAAGAGAGAGAGAUUUAGAAAAGGACUUUCAAGUGAAAGUUUAGAGAUGAGAUGCGUUUCAUUCAUCAGCUGACAAAGAUUGUAAUGAAAAAACAGUGCACAGUCUCUUUGCUGGAAAAGGAAGAAUGCUUAUUUUAAGAAUCACAUAAAAUAAGGGGGAAAACUGGAAGAGGUGUGCAAACAACCUAUUUAUUCAAGCUGAUUUGUGUUAAUUUAUUCAACAUCACAAACCAGACAGCAUCCAAUACCUGGCUGUUUUUAAAUGUGUUUUCUUUCAUUUCAGAUGAUAGAUUCCUGUAGGUGUGCAUCUGAUUUUUUGCCCCACUGUCUGAUAAAACAUCAUUUAUCAUGAGAAAAUUUAUUAAAUCAUGGAUUCCUCAGUGUCUGUGGAUUCUCAGGUCACCUUGCAGAUUAUUCCAUGGGUGCAGCAGGCUUCUGACAUCUCAGAUUAUUUCAUAUUAUGAUGCUAUAAACCAGUGCAAAAAGGAACGGCCAGAGUAUUUCAACUUUGCAAGUGAUGUCUUAGAUGAGUGGUCACGACUGGAAAAGGAUGGAAAACAACCAGCAAAUCCGGCUUUUUGGUGGGUAAAUGAUGAGGGAGAGGAGGUGAAGUGGAGCUUUGAAGAGUUGGGAUUUCUGUCAAGGAAAGCAGCUAAUGUACUUUCUGAGGUGUGUGGUUUGCAGAGAGGAGACAGAGUUAAAGUAGUUCUGCCUCGUGUUCCUGAAUGGUGGCUACUGAACAUAGCCUGUAUGCGAACAGGAAUUGUCUUUAUUCCAGGAACAUCCCAAUUAACAGCCAAAGACAUCUUAUACCGACUCCAGGCUUCAAAGGCCAAGUGCAUCAUUACUAAUGAUACACUGGCACCCGCAGUGGAAUCUGUCAUGCGCGAGUGCCAGUUUCUGAAAAGCAAACUAAUUGUAGCCAAAGGGAGCAGAGAUGGGUGGUUGAACCUCAAAGAACUCCUUGCGUACUGGAUGAAUUUGACUCCUUCAGAUAUAAUGUGGAAUACCUCUGAUACUGGCUGGGUAAAAUCAGCUUGGAGCAGUGUUUUUGCACCGUGGAUCUGUGGAUCGUGUGUCUUUGUACACAAUAUGCCACAGUUUAAACCAGCACUUAUUGCUGAGACUCUCUCAAGAUAUCCCAUUACUGUCUUUUGCACUGCUCCCACUGCCUACCGCAUGCUGGUCCAACAUGAUCUGAGCAGCUACAAGUUCAUGAGUCUGAAACACUGUGUAUCUGGAGGGGAACCACUCAAUCCUGAAGUGAUGGCAAAGUGGAAAACCCAGACGGGGCUGGAUAUCUAUGAAGGUUAUGGCCAGACUGAAACAGUGACAAUAUGUGCCAAUAUGAAAGGAAUGAAAAUUAAACCUGGCUCUUUGGGAAAAGCUGUUCCCCCUUAUGAUGUGCAGAUCAUAGAUGACCAUGGGGCUAUUCUGCCUGUGGGAGAAGAAGGCAACAUUGCCGUCCGAGUUCAACCAACAAGACCAUUCUGUCUGUUCUCUGAGUACUUGGGUAAUUCAGAGAAAACUGCUGCCUCUGUGUGUGGAAAUUUUUAUGUCACUGGGGACAGAGGGAUUAUGGAUGAAGAAGGAUAUGUCUGGUUUGUUGGAAGAGCUGACGAUAUAAUUAAUUCUUCUGGGUAUCGUAUUGGCCCAUUUGAAGUUGAAAGUGCAUUAAUCCAGCACCCUGCAGUCUCAGAGUCAGCUGUUGUCAGCAGUCCUGAUCCAAUUCGAGGGGAGGUAGUCAAAGCCUUCAUUGUUUUAGCUCCUGCUUUUAUAUCGCAUGAUCCAGAAAAAUUAACUUGUGAGCUUCAGCAACAUGUCAAGAAGCUGACUGCACCUUAUAAAUAUCCGAGGAAGGUGGAGUUUGUUCAGGAUCUGCCGAAGACAGCUACUGGGAAAAUCCAGAGAAAGGUUCUAAGGAACAAAGAGUGGGGAAGAGUAUAACAUGACCUGGAAACGGAGGAGAGAAAAUUGCCCUCAUCUGUACCAGCUGUAGCUCAUUACACUUCACAUGUGGUCAUGACCCAGAGCACUAGGAGAACAUAUGGAAAAACAGGCUACAGAAGAAAAAAGAUUAUACUCAUAUGUGUGAUAUUAGAACCACUUUUGCCAUCAACAUACAAAUUUUCAGAAUGCAAAAGUGCAAGUAAUUAAGAAUGAGUAAUGGGAAAGAAGGAACAGAUUUGGGAGCUUACAAAGGUUUAAUAUUUUUUUUACUGGAAUUAGUAUAAAUGGCUUCCUUAAAAAAAACAAAAACGUGUAACUGCAACAUUUUCAUAAUUACAAAUAAAUGAGAAAUUAAUUAAAAUAAUCUUUGUCCUGUA